UUGAAGAGCUGAAAUUUGUUCUUCAAAGCACGCGAUAACAAGCCCUAGGCCGUAAAACUGAGGAGCAAUAAUUUGUUUUUGGGAGAGCAUCUGAGAUUUGAAUCUCCUAAUUCAGGCUGCGCUGAUCGUUUCUACCUGUCCAAUUUCUCCAAAAGGCUUGUAAUAUUUGUUAAAGAAGAUAGACUGCAAUGAGAUUCAAAACAAGGGAGGUGGUUUCAAGGAAGUUAUUGAUACCUUGCCCUUCUUCUCCACAAGGUGCAGAGUGUUUCAUAACUGGAGACGUUGUUGAGGUCUUCCAUCAAUAUUCUUGGAAGAUUGCUGUGGUCGUGAAUGUUCUAGGAAGCAAAAAAGAAAGUAGAAAUAAGAAGAUCAAUCCCAAGGUUUCGACAUGCAAGAAUCAAUAUUUAGUGAGGCUAGUUGGGUGCUCAAAGGAAGUGGCUAUUGAUAGAACGAAGAUCAGGAUGAGACAGAAAUGGCAUGAUGGAAAAUGGGUUCAAUCGACAAAGAUUCCUCAAGUAGGUGAUGAUUUAAUAGUGAGCAAACCAUCAAAGUCUUGUCUGAAGAUGAACUCCCAGGGUCCAGCGUUCAAUUCUAGAGUUAAAUAUCAACCUGGAGAAGAAUGUGGAAACUUCAAAGAUGAAGCUACACCAAGGGAAUCUGCUGUGAUCUCUUCAAGAUCCCUAAAGAGGAUGUCCCCAUAUGUUUCAUCUGUUAUUGAAGCCAAUGACGGACAUGUACAAAUGAUUCAAACAGCUGAGAAAGAAGGCUGGAAGCAGCGAGUGGUUGCUGACCGGGUACUUGACAAGGUACAUGCUGUUGCUUACCCAAACGAAACUUUGGGUGAAACAUACAUGCAUGCUUCCCGUAACGCUAUAACAAACGGAUAUGAUCAAAUCGAGAGGGAAAAACAAAAUGACGCUCUUGGGUAUUCUGGGUUCAGAAAUUCUGAAAUAAAUAGUUCUGACAGUGAUGCUAGUUCAGUUGGUAGUUGUAGCGUUACUAACCAGAGUCUUAAAAACUAUUAUAAUCGUUUUAUGCCUGUGCAUUGCCAAGAGACAGACACCCUUAGUGAUGCAGAGUCGUAUCAUCGUCCAGGCUCUGAGAGGGAGAGUUCCUCUCUCCCCUCAAAUGAGGAGGUUGAGUUCUUUUUGAAAUGAGUGGAGCAAAGCUCAAGUGCUCAUGCCAAAAAAUUGGGUGCACCAGCCAAAUAUGUCAUCUGAUGAUCAAGAGAUGCCAACUAUUGUUGUAUCCGAUCAUAGUGACUAAUUUGAUCACUGUGGACUACUAUAUAGUUUGAUUGCUGCUUAUUAGUGAAAUUCUGUGUGGAAUGCAUUGAUGAUUUUGCUUAUGGCUACAGUUUGAACUUUGAAGCAUGCAUCAUUUGCUUCCAAUGGUGCAAAGAUGAUGCCAGGGUUCUCUUGGCAUUGAACUUUGGGUGAUUCAGUUGCCUACUUUCAUUGAUAUGCUACGAUUAUGGCCACUCACUGGUAUCGCGUGGUUUAUGCCACCUCCGUUUUAUCUCCUUCCCUCCCUGCUUUAACUUGAUAUUAUAGGAUGUAUUUACCAGAGGAUGGUAAAUGUUAAGAGGGUUGUUUGUACCAAAGUUGUAUUUUCUUUAGCACCAUCUCAACCAUAUUGAAAAUUUUAGUAUCUUAUUUUAUUAUACUUUGUCAAUGGCUCAUUGCAUGAAGUCAUGCUUUAUUCGAUUAACAGAUCGUGGUAAGAUUAGAUGAUUGAUAAUGAGCCUUGAAAACAUUCUUGAGAAGAUAAAAAGAGUUGGAAAUGCAGCUGUGAGAGAUUAUGAGAAAUUAUAGUGUUCAGACUGAAUGCAGAUUGGAGAGGUGAACAUUUGUUGCUAAUGAUUUGUUACUUAUGUAUCAGAAACCCCUCUGCUUAGUGACUUGUUUUUGGCCUUCUAGCAACAGACACAUGUCAUCGGUCCUAAGACGCCAGCUGGCAAAACUUGAUUCAACUAAGGAAACAGUUGAGGAAGCUUAGAGAAAGCAAUGUAUAAUGUUGUGGGUAGCAUUUUGGCAUGAAAAAAUUGUGAAUAGUACUAUUGUUAUAAGUCAUCUUGUUAAUAGAUUUGGAUUUUUUUUUAUUA